UUGGUGCCUCUUGGGGCAGAAUGUCCAAGGUCUUCUCGACCAGCCUGCGCUGCCGGUUGCCCUGCUUGCUGUUCUUCUUCCAGGGUGCCCUGCUGCUGCUCUUCAUCCUCUUCGUGACUUACGACGAGCACACAGAUGCCGCUUCACAGUCUCCCGACGCGGACCCAAGUGCCAACCAGCUGUACGCCUUCUUCUCCCUCUUCCAGGACAUCCAGUUGAUGUUACUCGUGGGCCUGGGCCUACUGCUGGCGUUCAUGAAGGGCUACGGGAUCAGUGCCGUGGCCUACAACUUCCUGAUGGCCAACUUCGCCACUCAGUGGGCCUUGAUCGUACAAGGCUUUAUGCACCAUUACCACCAGGGCAAGGUCCACCUCGGCCUCUACAACAUCCUCACUGCUGAAUUCGCAGCUGUGACCGUGCUCAUCUCAGCGGGGGCGGUCCUGGGCCGAACGAGCCCCCUCCAGCUUCUCCUCAUGGCCCUCUGCGAAAUCCCUCUCUAUGUGGUUGGCGAGUGGCUAACUGUGACACGCUUGCAGGCCGUUGACGUCGGAGGAACCAUAACACUCCAUGUCUUUGCUUGCUAUUUUGGGCUCGGGGUCUCCAUCGCCCUGUACCGACCAGGCCUGCAGCGAGGACACCCAAAGGAGAAUCCUUCUUAUCUCUCGGACCUCCUGUCCUUGGUGGGAACCAUGAUCCUCUGGGUCUUCUGGCCCAGCUUUAUUGCUUCCCUUGCCCGGCAGGGGGAUGCCCAACACAGGGCUGUGCUUCACACAUGGGUUACCCUCAGCUCAAGUGCUUUAACCUCGUUUGCGACCUCCAGCCUCCUGGAGAAGAAGGGGAAGCUGAACAUGAGCCACCUGCAGAACGCCACGUUGGCUGGAGGAGUGGCCAUUGGUGCAGUGGCAGACAUGGCCAUUACUCCAGCGGGAGCGUCUGUCCUAGGCAUUGUUUCUUCCCUGGCCUGUAUCCUCGGCUUCAAAUACAUGACCCCCUUCUUGGCCACCAAAAUCCACCUUCAGGACCAGUGUGGAAUCCACAACCUUCAUGGCCUGCCGGGCAUCAUUGGUGCGGUGGGUGGAAUAGUGGCCAUCUUGUGGAUACCCGAUGAGGCCUAUGGACUCCGCCUCCACCAGGUCUUCCCUCCACAUGCUCCACCUCUGGGGAACAUCAGCAUGGCAGAGACAACCUCAGAGGGGCAGGAACUGGGAAGGACAGCAUCACAGCAGGCUCUCUACCAGGCUGCAGGGCUUGGUGUGUCCUUCGUUGUAUCCCUCGUAGGAGGAUACCUCACUGGGUUGGUUUUGAAGCUGCCCUUCCUAGCCCAGCCACCCGAUGACCUCUGCUUUGAUGAUGCCCUUUACUUUAAGAUCCAGGAACCAGUAGAGACCUGGUGUGUUGUCCAAGCUCAUGAGGACCUCCACUUGCCCCUAAAAGACAAUGUUUAAUUAAUGCAACCAUCAACAGUCCAAUGCAUCUGCGUCUCUGGUAUAGGAUUGCCAGCCUCCAGGUGGUGGCUGGAGAGCUCCCAGAAUUCCAGCGGAUCUUCAAGCCAGGCAGGUUAGUUCCCCUUGAGAAAAUGGCUGCAUUGGAGAGCAGUCUUUAUGGCAGGGUAUACUAAUGAGGUCCUUCCCC